AUGCAUGUCUCAUCUGAAGACCCUGCAGUUUCAAGAUUUCCUCAAAUCUAUACUUGUGGCCAAGUUACGACAUACAUCUCUUCCAAGACUAGUCAGCUCGAGCUCAUCUUAGCCAUCUGUUUGUCGCGCCACCAAGCGGAACCAAAAGAGGAGGCUAUGCAGCUAGUGGAGAAAUCGAAACUGGAAACAGUUCUACCUGAUUUUUGGGGGCCGAAUCAACGUUCACAUGCUACGGGGAACAGCUUCAUUCCCCAUCUCGUAGACAAGCAAACCAUCAGUCUGGAACCGUCUCAAUUACGCAUCAUCUGCCAUGACUCUAAGACGGACCAAAAAUUCCCCAUCCGCUGGCGACCAUUGGCUUUGGAUCAUGUUGACGAAGAAAAACUCAUUUUUCAAAAGAAUGUUCCUAUCCUUUAUAGAAGGGGAAGUUACCCCGACCGAUGGUCGCCAGUUCAAGAGUCUCACAUUCAAGAAUUUACCUGCAUUGCUUUAAAUCAAUCCUCGGGCGCUCAAGAUCCACUGCUGUUCUCUUGGCCUAGUUCUAAGAUUACCCAAGAACGCUUAAGAAUCGCGCCCGUAUUGAACAAGCUUCUCCCGCUGAUUGUGUUGCCAGGGAAGGAUAACGCUCCAUAA